AUGAUUAAGCCGCCUGCGAUGGGCGUCUUUGCCCGUGACCCUCCUCCAGUUGGCAGAGGCGGCGCAUCGUCAUCUUUAUCCAACUCGCAGCUGGGUCCGUUACCCUCCGAUAUUGUGCACCCGCUUCCAUCGUCAUCAGCCUUGUCCACCAUGCCCACCCAUCAAUCCACCUCCCAUCCCGUCUUACCAGACGACGAAGCUGCUCAGAACGACGACGACGACGACCAAGGCACCGUCGACGAAGAAGCGGGCGUCAUUCGCUGUAUAUGUGGAUGCGACGAUGACGACGGCUUCACCAUCCAGUGUGAUAGGUGUCUUGUAUGGCAACAUUGCGCUUGCUUCGGCAUGUCACAGGCUUCGGUACCCGAAGAGUACCUCUGCGAGCAGUGCGAACCGCGUCCUGUCGACGUCGUCUUUGCCCAAGCGCACCAGCAGAAGCGCAAGAACAACGAGGCCCGAAAGGCGCUCAUGGAUCGCAACCUCAAACGUCACCAACAAGCGCUCGCCUCCACCACCACUUACACCCAUUCACAUCUCCCCCAAGACGCUGUUUCCUCGCCCACUAGCGCUGCACAUCCGCUUACCUCUGCACUGUCUGCCGAUGUGCCCUCUUUGACACUUCACCAAAACCCCCAGCCCUCCUCCUCCUCCUCUUCCUCCUCCAUCUCACCAUCAACCACCACAGCCGCUCGUGCACGCAAACCCAGCCAGGCACUCGACCUUUCCAACACGCAAUUCGUCGUCCCAGAGCUUCCAGCCAGUGCAGCCAGCGCAAGCACCGCACACAGAGGCGGCAAGCAACGCAGAGGUCCCAAAGCGUCUCGUAGAGGCCAUGACACGCCUUCGUCGGUUUCAACUCCUGUUCGCGGCGUCUUCACCCCUGGCAGCUCUCACGACCGCGCAGAGGACCCUUUCGACCUCGCAGACCAACUCGAGGCUUGGCACGUCGAGUUCACCCCCAUCGCCAAAAACAUUGUCGUGGACCCCUCCAUACUCGAUACCCUUGCCACUGCCAUACUGGAUUGGGAAGACGCAAGUCCACUAAAAGCCGUUCCUGGUCCAGCCGGUCGCCUCCUCGUUCCCACAGCACCUCGAGCAUCCACCAGCACCAAACCCUCGCAUCUCGAUUCAAUUCUUCCCUCCUCCUCCUCCUCCUCCUCCUCCACUUUGCCCUCAUCACCUUCCUCUUCCCCGCUCGCGCUUGCCUCUCCAGGUCCCGACGCAGAGCCCCUCGCUAUCUCUGCCGUUGGUCAAGAAUGCGUCCCUGUCGAACUUGCCGGUCCUUCUUUGGCUGAUCUUGCUUGCAGAACGUACGUCAGGCACAUCUCUGAAUCUGCUUCGGCAGGUGUCUUUACCAACCUUCUUUACGUCAACAACUCGGCCGAUGAGCCACAACGCUCCUGGUGUGCCUCACGCGCCUUUUCCAGACCCGUCAUGCAUGGUCUUUUCGCUGAAGCUUCCAUUCCUGCCGGUGCUUUCAUCUCUGAGCUCCGUGGCGAGAUUUACAGUGCCGACACAUACCGCAACAACCCCAUCAACCAGUAUGCCGCUUUGGGCGCAACCAAGCCCCACGUCCAUCUUCUUCCACCCCCCCUCAACCUCGCCAUUGACGCUCGCAGAUUCGGAAACGAAGCCCGCUUCGCACGAUACAGCUGUCAUCCCAAUGCUGUCCUUCGUCCCAUCCUCUUUGAUCCCACCGGUCAACCUUCGGCUCGCUCUCACGCCAGCUCAAGAGCGCAGUCGCCUGCUCCAUCUUUCACCUUGUCUGCUCUGCCUCGCAAACACGCCGACACGCCUCCUGCCGAGUCUCGCUCCGACGAGCCCCAACUUUUCUUUGGACUUUUUGCCCUUACCGAUAUUCCCCGAACCCACGAAAUCACGGUGGGAUGGGAAUGGGAUGACGCGCACAUUGUCCACUUUUUGCCACAACUCGUCCAGGAAUCAUACCUCGAAUCGCGUCAGGGGCAUGUCGAUGCCGACCAGCACACAGCCAACAUGCAGUCCCUUGACGAUGGCGAAACUGGGUGUGGGAGUAACGAAGCCAUCGCCAAACGUAAUGAUCGCAAGGACGAUACAUCGACCCAGACUCGCAUCGACAAGUCCGACCAUAACUCUGCUCCCUCUGAUGUGGAUGCUGAUGACGAUGACACGCGUUCCCUCGCCUCUUCACUCACUGACCCCAUGUCUGGCCUGAGCGACAACGACACGAUAAGCGAAGACGAAGACCAUGAUCUCAUGGAUGCACUACAGGCCGCCGCCGAUGGCCUACACCCGCAUCGACGAUCUGCCAAAGGCGGUGACGCUAACGCUGUCGAUACCGAACUCUCGGGUCUCUUCCUGCUGCCUCCCAAGAAGCGCUCCAUGCGCACCCGCAUCAAGGCAGUCGUGGUACCUUCCGAUGAUGACAGCGCUACCAACGAGGAUAUUGAAGGCGAAGACGACGCCACGGUUCAGAACAAGUCUGUCAAGGCAAGACGCUCCGCAGAGAUGGCGCCCAAGUCCAAGUCGGCUACUAAGCGCAAAGGCAAGCUCGAUGCUGCGCGUACAGCCUUGCACUUCUCCUCCGAUGAAGACAAGCACUUUGACGACUCAUCUGCAGCCAUCCCCGCCAGGAAGCGCAGAAAGGCUGGAAACAUUGCGGAUCCCAGCUCGCCACUCUCUUCCGUCCCAUCGCCCAGCUCGGACACUUCCAUGCCCGGUUCGCCCCCUGACCUGCCACGUCUGUCGGUCAAGCAUCGCUUCGAGAACGAGCGGCGUCUGUCGGACAUCGAGCUGGCCAAGAAAAAACGUGCCGCCAAGCGUGGACAAGAUAGCAGAGCCAAGACCUCCCAGUCUCGCCCCAAAGAGUCGGCCUCGAAGCGUCGCAAACGCGAAGAGGCUCGUAUUCACCGCAACGCCAUUCUGGAUCUUGGAGACACAGAAUCCAGCGAAGAAGGUCUCUCAGUGGACGACGAGCUGGACGGCGACCAGCAGCAUCGACACGAUGAUGGAGACACGACGAUGGCUGACGUUGAAAGUCGCACGUCGACCACGUCGACGCCGCGCAUGUCCCACAAGAGUCUUGGUCCUCGAGGCACAGAUAUCACGAACGAAGCACAGGCAGCCAGCGACACGACCUUGCUCCAGAAGACCAACAAGGAAACGCUCCCAAAGCCUUCUACAACGGAAGAUCCCAAGUCUGCACAGAGCGAGGCGACCAUUAAGGCGAAAAAGGUGCGACGCAUCUUGUCCGAUUCGGAAGCAAGUGCUGACGAAGAGACAGCUCAUCCUGCUGCCUCUACGCCCACUACAGCCGACGAGUAUCAGACGUCUCAAGCUCGCGCGAAGCAGUCUGAUGAACCAGAUCGAGCUAACCUAGAGUCAACCGACGCCACCGCUGACGCGAGACCCAAGUUCGAGGAAGACGCAGUGACUCAAGAUGCCAUCACAUCCGGCCAAGCGUCUGCAGCGACGCCAACACCGGUCGCCCAGGUCAAGAAGGAAGAGCCUAGAGUCAAGCUCUCUCUCGCCGAGUACAAGCGUCGGCUCGCCGAACGCCGCGUGUCGGAGCAACAGAGUGCACAAUCGAAACCUCCUCUCACCCCUGUGACGCCUACCCCUGCUACGCCAACGUCCGACGUUGCGCCAAUGCCUUCACCAGCGAUCGAAAGGAGUGAGCCUCCACCGCCUGCUCCGGCUCGAUCAUCGCAAUCGACCUUGACGCCAGCCGAGACCGUCGCGACUUGCACAAGCCUGGCGCCACCGUCGACCACCGCCGUGUCAGACGCUGUCGAGACAAGCAUGACGCCAGCAUCAGCGCCACGAGCCAUGCUAUUUACCUCCAUCUCGGCACCAACAGCCAUUCGCUCGGUCGAGAUCCCAAAAUCGCCCUCGCCAGAACCUACGACGAAUCCGUCAGCACAGCAGCAACAGAGCAGUGUCCCGCUAGUCAGUCCAUCGAAGGAACUGGGUACAGUGCACACCGAAGAGACAGAUACGACCGUCACAGUCGAUUCUGGCGCCAGCAGCAACAUGGUUGGCCCCGCAUCCUCACCAGCCUCCAAUACCAGCACCCUUCCACUUGCAGCUGCUGGUGCUGACACACCAGCAUUGCUGAUGCGUCUAGAAACACGUCAAAACCGAGCCUCGUCGGUUUCCCAGCAGCCAGCUACUGUCGAGCAAACUGGCUCAAUGGGUAGUACGGCUGCAAUUGCAGAUGCAGAUGGAUUUGCCAGACCUCUUACGACCAGCACCGGACAAACCACCACGCCGACAGCGACCACGUGGGGAGCAUCAACGCCGCUCCGAUCUCCCUCGUUUGGAGCAACGCGCACGCAAACAGGAGGCCGUAUGCCGCCUUCGCCGUCCACUUUGACGAGCUUCAACCCUCCUAAGGCACCUCGCGCCUUCAUGAGUCCUCCUGGUACGAAUCUACCGCCUCCAUCGAUGGCACCGGCCUCCAGCAUUGCCACCAGUGCCAGCGCGGCAGCGUCGUCGUCGUCUGCAACGCCGACCAUUGCGGCACCAUCCAUCACUUCCACGCCAGCACGGAUCGGAACUUCCGGUGCAGCGAUCGGAGUGGCCAAUACACCGUCUACGGCGAGCUCCGCAAGUUCGGCGGCAUCGUCGCGCUACCCUGCGCUUAGUCACACAUCGCCUACGCCAGCCUCCACAGCACUGCCUGCCAGCUCGGCCGGCUAUCCGCCACGCAAUUUUGCCGGGGUGCCCAAAGCCCCAGCCAGCAUGCGCGACACGGACCCGCGUGCAGAAGCGUGGGCAGAGGCACGAGAGGCGCGCGAAGCGCGGGAUGCACGCGGCGACUACGCGCCCCGUCACCACGACCCGAUGCGAGAAGGCGGUGCUAGCCGUGACAUGGGUUGGGGCGAGCGAUCGCGCGAGCCUGUUGGCAUGGGGGAACGCGAACCCAUGCGAGGCGGAUGGGGUCGCGAUCGUCGAGACCUUGCACAUGCUAGGGCGGGGUAUGGCAGGGACGACCGUGUUUAUGGCCGCGAUGAUCUGGCCCCAGGUGGCAGCAGUGUCAGCAGUGAAGUUGCAGGCGGCAGUUCGAGCGCUGGUCUUGCGGAUCGACUCGAAUCGCACGCACACUCACACGUGCACUCUCACUCGCAUUCGCACUCGCACUCGCACUAUGGCCCGUAUCGCCGUCCCUCUGUGACAGAGUACGACAAUGCCGUGCGAGGAGGCCCUGUCUCGCCGUAUGAUCGACCGUCCGAUCCAUACAAUCGAGGCAUUGGAAUCCGCGGUCGAAGCUUGGUUCUAGGUGGUGGUGGCCUGAAUGCCUCGGGUGCCAAUAGCAGUGGAGUUCCACCACCACCACCACCAGCAGCAGCAGCAGCGGUUGCUGGUCGCGACAAUGCAAGGGUAGGUGAUUAUCGAGACUAUGACGAUCUGGCAGGCGGAGGUGGCGGUCCACCACCCGGUCACACAUUGUACCCGCGUGGCGGCUUCAGGAGCAGCGGCGGCGGUGGCUGGGGUGGCAGAGGUCGUGCUCGUGGUGGCGGCAGAGGUGGCCAUCUUGAAGGAGGUGGCAGGGGACGCGGAGGAUGGAUGCGUUGA